GCCAGGGAGCUGGUGAAGGCUUUCCUCUUGUCCACCAUGGUUGACACUGUUAAGUAUGAAGUGGCCCCCCAGCAUGAUGGAGAUGCCUCCCCUUUGGCUGAUGGGGCUAGCCCAGGGUCCCAGCAGGUAAAGCUGAAGAAGGAGAUCUCACUGCUCAAUGGAGUGUGCCUGAUUGUGGGGAACAUGAUUGGCUCGGGCAUCUUUGUCUCUCCCAAAGGUGUGCUCAUGCACAGCGCCUCUUUUGGCUUCUCCCUGGUCAUCUGGGCUGUUGGGGGCCUUUUCUCCGUCUUUGGGGCCCUUUGUUAUGCGGAACUGGGUACCACUAUUAAGAAAUCUGGGGCCAGCUAUGCCUACAUCCUCGAAGCCUUCGGGGGAUUCCUUGCCUUCAUCCGACUUUGGACCUCCCUUCUCAUCAUCGAGCCCACCAGCCAGGCCAUCAUUGCCAUCACCUUUGCCAACUACAUGGUGCAGCCCUUCUUCCCAAGCUGUUUGGCCCCUUAUGCUGCCAUCCGCCUGCUGGCUGCUGCAUGCAUCUGUAUCUUAACCUUCAUUAACUGUGCCUAUGUCAAGUGGGGAACGCUGGUACAAGAUAUUUUCACCUAUGCUAAAGUAUUGGCGCUGAUUGCGGUCAUCAUUGCAGGCAUUGUUAGACUUGGCCAGGGAGCCUCAACUCACUUUGAGAAUUCAUUUGAGGGUUCAUCGUAUGUGAUGGGUGACAUUGCCCUGGCCCUGUACUCAGCACUGUUCUCCUACUCGGGCUGGGACACCCUCAACUAUGUCACUGAAGAGAUCAAGAAUCCUGAAAGGAACUUACCCCUGUCCAUUGGCAUUUCCAUGCCCAUUGUCACCAUCAUCUACAUUUUGACCAAUGUGGCCUAUUACACCGUGCUGGACAUGGAAGACAUCCUGGCCAGUGAAGCUGUUGCUGUGACUUUUGCAGACCAGAUUUUUGGCAUCUUCAACUGGACAAUUCCAUUAGCAGUUGCCCUAUCCUGCUUUGGUGGCCUCAAUGCCUCCAUUGUGGCUGCCUCUAGGCUUUUCUUUGUGGGCUCAAGAGAAGGCCAUCUACCUGAUGCCAUCUGCAUGAUUCAUGUUGAGCGGUUCACACCAAUACCUUCUCUGCUCUUCAAUGGUAUCAUGGCAUUAAUCUACUUGUGUGUGAAGGACAUCUUCCAGCUCAUUAACUACUAUAGCUUCAGCUAUUGGUUCUUUGUGGGGCUCUCUAUCGUGGGCCAGCUUUAUCUGCGGCAAAAAGAGCCUGAUCGGCCUCGUCCCCUCAAGCUCAGCCUUUUCUUCCCCAUUGUCUUCUGCCUCUGCACCAUCUUCCUGGUGGCUGUUCCACUUUACAGUGAUACAAUCAACUCCCUCAUCGGCAUUAGCAUUGCCCUCUCAGGCUUGCCCUUUUACUUCCUCAUCAUCAGAGUGCCUGAAGGCAAACGACCUCUUUGUCUCCGAAGGAUUGUGGCGUCUACCACAAGGUACCUCCAAGUCCUAUGUAUGUCAGUUGCUGCAGAGAUGGACUUGAAAGAUAGUGAAGAGAUGCCCAAGGAAGGAGAUCCAAAGUCUAACUAA